AUGGGAAAGAAGCAGAAGGAAACUGAUAUCAAAAUUCAGUCGUAUGUUGACUCUCUUCGAAGAGCUCAAGAAAUUAUUAAGGAGCAACAAGCUGAAAUGGAGGCUUCGGACAACCUGGGCGAAAAAGCUCUAUCAUCCUUGAGGUCCCUCAGAAACAUGUAUACGGCCAAAAUUGAAGCAUGCCAGGCUACCGCCAAAGAUUUUCAAGUCAUCAUAGACGAACUAGAAGGAGAAGUUGAAUUUCUCCACUCGCGAGCAUCAAGGUCAAGGUCUGCAAGUGGCGAAAAGAGAGUAAAUAGAACGAUGGUGAACUCCACCGAUAAGUUCUUCCAGCCACCCUCUCUGCAUCGGUUUACUUUCCACUUCUACAAUGAAACCUUCAACUGGAGAACAACAACAUUCUGUGCAACCUCAGUUGCGAUCGCUCGCACAUUACAUCAUGACCUCCAUCUCCGAUCUCACCCAAGCCGGAUUUCAAGAGCAACCAUGGUUUCUCUCCGAAAUAUCCCAUCAGCCAACACAAAGGCCAUCCAAAAUGCCAUAACCAUCUUCCGCAGCAAACGCAAAGCUGCAACAGUUAUUUCUUCCCAAUCCACCGACUCCACCUGCACAUUCCCGAUCUACACCAACCCUAGUCUUCACAGCGUAAUCGAAGACGACGACACCUUUACCGAAUUUAAUAUUUUUCGUUACAAUCCUGGCUACGAAGACUGUAUGGUGAAGCUUGUUUUGGGGAGGGAGGAGGGAGAAGAGGCUGAUGAUACCGAUGAAGAGAAGGGGGAUGGAAAGAAUCUCGAGACAAUGGAGAAAGGAGGGGGAAAGGCAGCGGGGCAAGGGAGGUAUCAGAAUGGAUAUUAUGAGGACGAUGGUGAGGAGAAUGGCACCAUCCCCAAGGGCCCCAUGCUCUGCCGAUAUACGAAUUCCGAGCCACCAGUCAAGGUUCUCAAUCAAUGA